GACCGUGAAGGAGCAUUCCGAUUUACGUUGUUAUACAAGGCGAGAUACUUUUUUUUACCAAAAAUCCAGCUUUUCUUAAUAUUAACAUGAAUUUACUAGUAUAUAACACAAGUCAUAUAUAGUAUACUUAUUUUUGAAGAUAAAAUUUAACGCUUACUUCUAAUCGUGAAAAGAAAAAUAAGCAAAUGUAAUAUUUCAACUUAUGAGUUCUUCUAAAAUGGAACGAAAGCUUCCCCCUCUCCUGAUUGGUACAUCUUUGCCAAUAGAAAUUUGAUUUCAUCCAACGGUUUUUGUUAAAAUUGCUCUAUUCGGUUGCGAGUUGAACAAACGUUACAAUAUUUUUCAAACAAUUAAAUAUUGGUUAUUUGUGGUUGACAUUAUUUAUAAUACUGUGCAAAUUAAACGGAAACAAGGGUACAAAUCAAACGGCCAUCGCCGUUUGUUAAUAUUAACUUGUAAUGGCGCCAACAAGGUUGGCAUCUAAGUCUGUAAAUAUUAGUCAGAAUAUGAACGGCAUCAUGAGCCAUGGCAUCACGACGAGGAGUAAGCAAUUAGCUACUCUGAAAUCUUACAAAGACAGCUUGAAGGCGCCAAACAAGAGAAAAGCUGAUAGCCCUUUAAAAGAUGUUACUGCUAAAAGAGCUGCUUUUGGAGACUUAACAAACGCAUUCAACAAAUCCUCGGGUAACGAAAAAUGCAUGACACUUAAAAAGGUGACCGUGGAAGGCAAAAUGCUUCCAGCUGUUAAGACUAUCAAACCACACACAGCAGUCAAUGGCAAGACAUUAAAAGGUAGACAGUUGCAAAAAGUAGCUGCAAAUGCCAUAGAGAGUGUGCAGAAACACUUUAUUAAGGAUCUACCCAAACCGAUUGCCACUCGGGCACAAAAUGGUAUUCUUAAGAAUAUUGUUCGUAAGUCAUUGGACAAGGAAAAUCAGAAUCAAAGUCAGAGUUCUUCAGCUAAAUCUGCUAGAAGUGAUGUUUCAGAGGCUUCACUUUAUACCACGGCUUUGGAGAAUAACAGUAGCACAUACGAAACAAAGGAGGAAUAUAAGGCAAUCAGCGAGAAACUAGACAAAGUAAAUUUGGAUGACUCGGACUGCAGGUCUCUGGAUGAGGAGGUGGACAUCCCACACCGAGUGCCUGCUGGUGUUAUUGACUUUGACAAGGAAAACUGGAAUGACCCCUACCAAGUAUCAUGCUAUGCUAUGGACAUCUUCAACUACUUGCAAAGCAGAGAACCUCUCUUCCCCAUCGAUGACUAUCUUACGCGGAUAAAGGGAAUCACAGCGUGGAUGCGAGCCCUACUCGUUGACUGGAUGGUGGAAGUUCAGGAGAGCUUUGAACUGAACCAUGAGACGUUAUACCUCGCCGUUAAACUUGUUGACUUAUUCUUGACUCGUUCAAGUCGGAAAUUGCCAGAAAGGGAACAUUUGAAUAAGGAAGAGCUACAGCUGUUGGGUGCAUCUGCCCUAUUUAUCGCUUCUAAGUUUGACGAACGGAUCCCGCCACUUGUGGACGACUUUCUGUACAUCUGUGACGGUGCCUACACGCUGAAUCAAUUAAUCAAGAUGGAGAUCAAAAUUGUGAAGACGAUCGACUUCGACCUCGGCAUUCCUCUCUCCUACAGGUUCCUGAGAAGAUACGCUCGGUGCGCCCGAGUCUCAAUGCCGACCCUGACCCUGGCUCGGUUCAUCUUGGAGCAAUGCCUAUUGGAAUACAGCUUGGUGUCUCUGUCGGAUAGCAAGAUGGCGGCUGCUGCGCUCUAUGUGGCGCUGCGGAUGAAGAACGUCUCCCAGUGGACUCCCACGCUGCAGCAUUACACCGGCUACUCCCUCUCUGAGAUUCUUCCGAUCGCUCUCCUCCAAAACGCAGUUCUGCACAAGAAGCCAAAGUCCGCGAUCAGCACGGUACGGAACAAGUACUCGCACUCGAUAUUCUUCGAAGUGGCCAAGUUGCCCUUAGUUGACGAUGCUCUUUUGACCAGCUGAGAAGGAAAGCCUCGCAUUAUACAAGCGGUGGGUAUUUUUAAGGGUUGUCAGGUCGCUUUCAGGUCAGAUAUUAGUUAGGUCGAAGCCAACAUGUUGAUCAAAAGUCAUAAUUUGGAACCAGUGCUACUUUUUAAAAGACUGUCUUUUGGUCAAUUCUUCUUUCUUUCUUUAAAAAGCGCCUUACUUAUAAACGUCUCUCAAUUUUUUAGCACUUUGCAAUAAUCAAUAUCUCCGGCUCAACGGUUAGGUUAAUUAAAGUUUUAAGUAAGGAGCUUUGAUGUUUAAUUCCAGUACAUUAGUAUUUCCCUACCUUGACAACCCUACGGUGACUUAUAAAAUGUUGUAACUGUAAUAAAUUUGUUAAACGGUUUUGUGAGGUGCCACGAGGCAUUAGGCGACGUAUACGCGAGCUAGACAAAUUAAAAUAUCGCCUAUCGGCCCGUGAAUGAGACGCUUAAUUUAAUCGUCAAUCGUAUGAAGCUAAAAUUUGAUUGACUUUUAAAUAUUUGGAUUAGAUUAAUAAAAGACUAACGUGCGACGUUUUUAUUUCCGACAUUGUACUUAUUUGUUUUUUCAACAAAUUCUGUACUUUUAAUUUAUUAGUGUAUUCAGGCCUUCGGCGGCCUCUUGGCUGAUUUUGAGGCCGAUUUUACGCUUCAUAAACAGAUUUAUGUAAAAUUUGUUAUACUUAUGUAAGUAACAGGGAUGCGUGCCAGUUGCAUUUAUUUUAAGACUGAUGACGUGGAUAGCCUCUAAGCCAACAUUUGACACUAAAAUAUUUAAGUCUUUUAAUAACAUUGAAUUUAGAUUUUAAAAAAUGGGAAUGAUUUAAUUAUCACAGAUUUUGUUUUAAUUUUUAAGAUGGUUAAUAAUCGCAUUGGAUUCGUAAGAAAAUAGAGUUAAAUCUUAAAUAUUUUAGUGUCGUGUAAUAGUGCUACAAACUUAUCUGAACCGGUGGCAUAUCAAGAGCGAAGCGGGUUUAGCUAUGGGUAAAAUAAGUGAGGGCACUACGAGCGCUUGUGCCAUAUUAAUGUAUGGCUCCAUUACCACCGUUAAACUUGAGAUCUUGAAACCAAGUUUCUUCGGCUAUGAUCUCCGUGUUUUUGUUUGAAAAUAAAAAUAACCAAAAUCGCGAAACACAGUGUACGCCCGUUUGAACGCUUCGAGAUCGUCUUCCUAUAGUCAAUUAUAGGUAAUCGGUUUAUUGGAAUAUUUAGUGUUAAUUGUAUUGUAAUACGCGGAAUACGAGUUUUAUUUAUUAGUUUUUUUCGGUUCAAUUGUGAGACCAUGUUUUAUUUUAAAUUGAUAUCGACGGAUGUACGGAAUGAGAAUCGGCAAUUUUUAUGAAAUGAAUAUCUUUUGGAUGGUAUUGUACAUACGCUGACGUUUGGACCGAUCUUCGACGAAUGAACUCAACUUGCCACCGAGAGCAAUUGAUUUUUAUAAAGGUUAUGUAUUGUAAUUAGCAGAAUUUGCUAAUAUUAUUAUAAUGAAUGGAUUUUGUAAUGUUUUAAUUAUAAUUUACAUAGUAAUUAUUGUGAGUUUUGCAGCGGUGUCGUGUUUUGUAAUUUAUCACAUUUUAAAGAGUACAAAAUAUUGGAAUGUUAUAAUGUUGUUCAUUAAUGGUAAGUUUUAGACUAGUUCGUUUUAAAACUGUUUUCAUAUCAUUUGUCAUUAUACACGUUAAUUUUAAUGUAAACUGUGAAAUGUAAAUAAAAAGUGAUUUUGGUUUGA